UGCUAUCACAUUCUGUCUGCCUCCCAUCCCAUGUUUUCAACUUGCAUGUGUGGUUUGAACGUGUGCAAGAAUUUGUGUGUGGUGUGUUCUGGAGUUUGGGAAUGUGUUUUGUGUUAUUUUUUUUUAGCAGGUAUUUUGUGAUGAUAGAUCUUGAGAAGAUCUUUCCGACGCAACGAGAAUCCCUUCAAUCGGAGCAAGAACGCGAAAGCUAUGAAGAUUCAAAGUUCAUGAGCUUGCGUUACAAUUGCGACGGUUACAAAGUGAAGUUGUGGGGUGACUCUAUAUGGAGUUGGGACCUUUGGGGUUGGGGACAUUUGUCACUCUACUCCCAACACUCUCCCGAUGGUGAUCGUGCUCGAUAAGGAACUUGCUGCCAUCUCCAUGCGACCAGGGGACAAUGUGAAGCCGGUCCUUGACAAGAUCAAUGACACCUAUGCAAGGAUGGCAGCAGCGGGCAACAUGGGAUUGGAGUACAGUGGAGUGAGGCAGCGGUUGCAGAGAGGUGCUGCAGAUGUGAAGAGUGGAGAGAUGCUCUUGAGUUGCUAUACUGGCGCUAGCUUCAACUCAGUGAAAGCGGAUGGCACCAGCAUUGGGGGCUAUGUGUGCUUGCUGGAAGAUGUUGGCAUGAUGGAUGAUGGUUGGCAGCCAGAGGGGGAGAUUGUUGUGUGAUGUCAUCAUAUGCUAUCACAUUCUGUCUGCCUCCCAUCCCAUGUUUUCAACUUGCAUGUGUGGUUUGAACGUGUGCAAGAAUUUGUGUGUGGUGUGUUCUGGAGUUUGGGAAUGUGUUUUGUG